GCGACAAGUGUCACAGAGUGAAAAUAUCAUAGGUACCUAUUGAAUUGAGAUUGAGAACACAAACUAAAUAGAGAUACCUAAAUGAUUGAGAAAAAGAAAUAGAGUUGAUACAAUAUCUGUGGAGUUAAGCGAAGAAGAAACAUCAAAACUCAAAUUAAAGCAAAUUUAAUAGAGAAAUUUACAUAAGAUUAAGUGUUAAAAUCCCUCAAAACGCAAGUUAUAUUUGUGUGAAAGAUAGUUGAUGUCUGCGUACUCUAAACUUAUGCUGAACUUAAGAAAGGAGAAUUUCUACAUGUUAUCAUACUAUUUCAUUGCUUUUAAAUCCAAACUUUCAUUAUAGAAAAAUGUUUGUAAAAACACUGGUGAAAUCGCUGCUAUUAUGGAAACCACGUCCUCUCUCACUUGACAUUAAUAUCUUCCCAGUAAACAAGCACUUAGCUAUAAAUCUUUUAUCUUUACCAUUUUCAACGAUCAAAAAAGCAAAAGAAAGUAAAGAUUCCCAUGACUAUAAACAUGAAAUUAUAAAGUCACUCAAUUUUCAGUCUGAUAAAGAUGCUUGUCCAUUUUAUAAAUUGCCAGUCAAAACACUUUUACAUAUUUAUAAAGUCACUGAAAAUGAUGAGAAAAAUGGGUUUUGUAUUAAUAGACUAUAUUAUUUGGCAGAGAAAGUAAAAUGCCCAUCAUGGAUUCUUAGUGAAAAAUUAGCACAGAGGACAUUUAUUUAUGGACUGUCUUUUAAUUGGCUCAGCAGUUCAUUAGAAGUUUUAUUAGAAAAUGGUGUGUCUGGAGACCGCAUAAUAAGAGACCUGUGGGUUCUCAAGUAUCGAAGUGAUACAAUAAGAGAAAGACUUGAAAGGGUCAAAAGUAUGGGAAUUGAUAAUUUGUAUCCUUGGAUGGUAAGGUGUUCAGAAGACAUUUUAAACAGAUACGUCAAUAUAUCUCAAGAGACAAAAAAUAUUUUAGGUGAUACAAAAUCAACUCAGGUGUAUUUAGCUAACAGGUUGGAAAUUUCACCAGAGAAAGUAGAAAAAAUAUGUAUGAGAAUACCAGCAUUGAAGACUAUACGUGUGACCAAGGUGAAGAAUUUUUUGGACAUCCUCAUAAAAGAAGGCUUCAGGGUGGAAGAUAUUGCUGCCAAACCUCGAGUUUUAACAUCAGCACCAAAUACGGUGCUUCAAAGACUAAAGCAGCUGAGGGAAUUAGGUCUUAAUGAAAUUAAUUUGAAUGUUCUGUGCAGAAGCAAAAAGGAUUUUAAUAAAUAUGUAGAGGCUUUAACAUCUAAAGAUAGUUCAUCUUCCAUCUUGCAUUAAUCCUGGUUACCUCACUUCUCCAGAGUACGGUUUGCACCUUUUGACCAUGAUCCUGGAUAAAUUAAUUCAUUGGUUCAUGAAUGUGCCUAUUCACUUAGCCACCUUUUAUUGGUGGGAAAAGAUUAAUAAUACUUUUCCUAAGGGAACCACAGGGCACUUUAAAGUUACAAUAAAAUAAUGCUUACAAUUUUUGAGUGGUGUUUUAAAUUAACUAAAAGAUUGAAUAUGUAUUUUUUUAUUGAUUACCAGUCUGUACAUUGCAUAUCUCUAUGUUCAAAAUUGUAUUAUGUUAAUGAUAAAAAGAAAUAAAUUACACAAAAAUA